AAUGCACACAUCCGGGCAUCCCAACGUCACCGGGUCACUUCGAGAAACAGGCUUGGGAGAAGGACGGGCACAAUGCUAAUGGACUAGAAAUGCUAGCUAGUUAGUAGUAGAAAAGCGACGCUUGUUAACGUUGUAUUUUGGAGUAGUACCAAUUCCGAUCAGCUCUGAAAAACUGGACAAGGGUCAUUGAACACCUUGCAAGACAUUAGAAAAUAAAGUUCAAGUGAAGCUUCGACGAAAGAACUGAUUCCUUUCGGGAAUACUGACUUGACGGGCAGUGUCAGUUUGCGCUGUCACACUAGAAUCCGGUUAAAUUAAUACUGUCCAAAAGGACUGGCCUUCUUCAUUAACUGGGAUCAUUUUACUCUUUCUGGAAAGGACGUCAGUUGGUAAUAUUUCAUGUAGGUUGUUGCUGAUUGGAUUUCGGAGAAGAGCCUUGCGGACUGAAGAUUUGUUGGUACAGCGCCUGGAUCCGAAGGGUGAGGAGCGGAGGACAUGGGCACGCCGGGGUCUGGCAGGAAGCGCGCUCCUGUGAAGGACAGGUUUUCCGCCGAAGAUGAGGCCUUGAGCAGCAUCGCCAGGGAGGCUGAGGCAAGACUUGCUGCGAAGCGGGCGGCCCGGGCAGAAGCGAGGGAUAUCCGGAUGAGAGAACUGGAGCGACAGCAGAAAGAGGCCGACACGGAGAAGGCCCGACACUCCCACAAGUCCAGCAGCCACCAUCAUCGGGCGCUGGAUGAUGAUGUGAAAUCAGUUCGUAGCGUUGGGAAUUAUAGGUCGUCCUCCUCUUCCUCACUGCGGGACACGAGCAGCUCUCACCGGAGUCGUGCCAGCACCUCUCGCAGAAGAGACCUGCUGUCUGACAGCCUCCCCAGCACAUCUUCACUCAGACCCUCCCGUUCUUCUAGUUCUGUGUACAGCGACCUCUACGGCCUAAAGAAGACACCUGUCUCUAGCACCUCCAGGAAGGACCUGCUGACCGGACUGUUCCAUGACCAAAGGAAAUACAGCAGCCUACAGAACAGCAAACCUGUUUCUGCCUAUCAGCCUAGAGCCUGUCCUCCUCUCCCUUCUCUCCCUUCAUAUCAGCCUAGGUCUUCUUCUGUGUACAACGAACCCCUGGGGACGUCCCGGAGCCACAGGGCCACACCCCCCUCCGGCACCGGGCUGACCCGCAGCCAGAGCCUGGCUUCUUUGUAUGAUGACGACCUCUACGGCUCAUAUAAUUCAAGAACUCCCUCUGAGUACAGCUGGGCCUCAGGAACAAGCAGCUCCACACAGAGCAGCCCUGUGUCCUCGGAUGAUGACAGCUCCAGCACCGUAUCCCAGGACCGGUACAGUCGCGGCCGGAGGGACAGCGUGUCCUCUGACUUCUCUGACAUCAGCGAAACGGCGGCUGACUAUUUCAGCCGCUCCAACCGUAGGGGCAGCAUUGUGUCCGACCUGGACGAGCUGAGCAUCCCUGACCUGGACAGCCUGGAUGAAAAAUGUGAUAAGCAGUACACUGAUCCGUACAGUCGGCCGUCGUCCCGAUGCACCACUCCGGCCCUCUCGACCGCUGCGCUGGCCAUUCUGGGGGGCUCCUCGUCCCGGAGGGGGAGCGGGGACACUGGGAGCAUCGCGGACCCGGACGCUUCUCUCACGGAACUUAGGGAUAUCUAUGAUCUUAAGGACCAGAUACAGGAUGUAGAGGGGAGAUACAUGCAGGGACUUAAAGAGCUGAAGGAGUCGCUCUCUGAGGUGGAAGAGAAAUACAAAAAGGCCAUGGUGUCCAACGCACAACUGGACAACGAAAAGGCAAACCUCCUGUACCAGGUGGACACGCUGAAGGACGUGAUCGAGGAGAUGGAGGAGCAGAUGGCGGAGCUGCAUCGGGAAGUGGAGGAGAAGUCUAAGGAAUUGGAAAGACACAAGCACACAUGUACAGUCUUACAGCACAAGCAGGAGGAACUGAAAGAGGGAAUCCGGCAAAGAGACGAACUCAUUGAAGCGCUAGAGAGGCAGAAAGAGUACUUUGACUGCAUUAGGAGUGAGAGGGAUGAGCUCAGAGAUGAGCUGGCUGACCUCAAGGGGAAGUCGAAGACAGGAGAGAAACACGGCUUGGUGAUCAUCCCAGAGGACACCCCCAAUGGAGACGUCAGCCAGGAGGCGAUCGGGGGAAGCAUCACUGUGGUCAGCCAGGAGGCAGCACAGGUGCUGGAGUCCGCAGGCGAGGGGCCCCUGGAUGUGAGGCUACGGAAGCUUGCUGAUGAAAAGGAUGAACUCUUAGCCCAGGUAAAACUUCAACAGCAAGUCAGCGCUCAUGCUGUCUGUGCUGUCAUUAGUGCUGAUUCUGUCUGUGCUGUCAUUAGUGCUGAUGCUGUCUGUGCUGUCAUUAGUGCUGAUGCUGUCUGUGCUGUCAUUAGUGCUGAUUCUGUCUGUGCUGUCAUUAGUGCUGAUGUUGUCUGUGCUGUCAUUAGUGCUGAUGCUGUCUGUGCUGUCAUUAGUGCUGAUGCUAUCUGUGCUGUCAUUAGUGCUCAUGUUGUCUGUGCUGUCAUUAGUGCUCGUGUCUGUUCUGUGUUGUCAUUAGUGAUGAUGCUGUCUGUGCUGUCAUUAGUGAUGAUGCUGUCUGUGCUGUCAUUAGUGAUGAUGCUGUCUGUGCUGUCAUUAGUGCUGAUGUCUGUGCUGUCAUUAGUGCUGAUGUCUCUUUUCCCUAUGACUAUUUUAGCCAUACAUAUUUCACUUUAUAAACUUGUUUUUACAGGAGACACAAACAGACAGAUAAGCGAAUACAAGUUCAAACUCUCAAAAGCUGAACAGGAAAUGGGGACGAUGGAACAAAAUAUUACUAGACUUGAAGGACAGGUCUCCAGAUACAAGGCUUCAGCAGAUAACUCUGAGAAAGUCGAGGACGAGCUUAAAGUUGAAAAGCGGAAACUCCAAAGAGAGCUGCGAACAGCUUUGGACAAGAUCGAGGAGAUGGAGAUGACCAACAGUCACCUAGUCAAGCGCCUGGAGAAGAUGAAGGCCAAUCGAAACGCACUUCUAACCCAACAGUGAGCACAGAGGAGGGAACCUCAACAGGGUCUCACAAAUUCUACCAACUCUGCCACAAGGGGGUUCUUUCAGUCAUAUAGUUUUGUAAAAAACAAAAAACAAAAAAAAAAAAACAUACCACUAGUACUGGCCUUCCCCAUUCUUCUUUUUUUGUUUGUUUUUUUGUUUUUUUUUUAAAUCACUGAGACAAUUGGAUUCACUUGUCAACCGUCUUGCAUCAUUGUAAGGGAACUAUUUACUUUGUGCUGAAAAGGGUCAAAUUUUGGCUGAUUCUAAGGAAAUUUGUUUUAUUCUUCAGACUGUUAUACAUCAUGUUAUUCACAAGGUUUUCAUUUCCUUCCUGGUGGGUGCUUGACUUUUCCUUUUUAUAAAAAUAAGUUGCAUGAUCUGAACUACACUAUACUGCUUAUCACCAUAAAACCUGCACGUGGCUGCUGCAGACACAGCAAAGUGCCUUUCUAAAUGGAGCAAAAGAGAUUGAGGGGGGUUGCAUUAUUACACUAAGUAUGAAAGUUAUUACUGGUACAGUAUGUGUUUAAAAUAGGGUGCAGUUAGGAUUUUAAAAAAUAUAUAGAACAAUUAACAGUAUGCUGAAUUCUCAUUGUUGAGGAAUUUUUCAAAAAUAUUUAAAAAUAUUUCUUGGAAUAAAUGUGUAAAUGAAUGAACUGUAUAUACCGGGUGGGUGUUUUUUGCAUGGGUUAUGGCACAUCAGAUUAGUGUAAAGGCAGGAUAUUUGUCCUGAGUAUGUGAAGCACAUGGAAAACAAACUACUUUCUCAAACUGCUUCUUCAGUGCUUGGAAAGAGCAGUUUUCAGUCUCAGGACCACACCGUGAUUGUGACUGGGGCAGCUACAACAUUAAACCUACGUAAAAGAAA